UAUAGCGUCCAUGAGUGUUUCACGUAUUACUUCUUAUUUUUAUAUUUGUCGCCGCACAGUUGCCAUAUUGAAGUUAGGAAAACGUUCACUGAUAAAGAAGCACGCGCAAUCUGUCCGCUAUGAGCCUAUUUCUUUGCUAAAGGGGCCGGUUCGCUUUUUCAGCCGAGGGAUCGCGGUCUGAAUGGCCGCUCUGAACGGAAAGCCGGGGCAGCGAUGCAGCGUGGCGGAAUGGGAGAGCAGCAACAGGCUGAUGUCUAACACGGCUGCCCAGAGCCGACUGGCAUCUCAGCGGAUCCGGCAGGAAGGAAGAGCCCUGCGGGAUGAGACUGCUAAUAAGACUCAAUGGGACAAGAGUGACAGCAGUCGCAGACUGAGUGAGAGGAUCCAGGAGGUGUCCAACUGGAAGGACAGAUUGGAGUCAUGUGCUCAGGAUGUAGCGCAGGAGAUCAAGAUUAAGGAGGAAACAGAACGGGCCCUGUCUGCCACAGCGGUUCCCCUGGAGGUGAGCACAGAGUGUCUGACCAUCAGGGAACGACGACGGGGCAGGGAGCUCCUCAUCGAUCCCGUGGAGGCCGAGCUGAGGAAGGAGGUGGAGGCGAUUGGCAGGGCGCAGCGGAGCCUGCAGCAGAGGACCAGCAAGGCCUUCCAGCAGCUGUGCUUGUUACAGGAGGCUCGACAGCAGGUUAUAUCUGACCUGAACAGCAAGACGGAGGCCCUGGAUGUUGACAGAACGUGCCUGUCGCUCACAGUCACAUCAGCCGACAUCUCGCUGAAGCCCGACCCUCUGCGUGUGCCUCCUGGGUCCACGACUCCCCAGCAGUGGGAGCAGUUUAGCCGGUACAAUGUGAGCCGGGCAGAGGAGGAGAUGCUGGCCUCUCUGAACCUGAGGGAGGAUAUAAUUCUGACCAUUGCCCAGGUUCAGAAUGAACUCCAGGCCCAGUACAUCGCCACCAAUUUUGCUCUGCGCAAACAGGCUCACCAUCUGCAGCAGGCGUACGACGAGUUGCUCUGGCAACAAAAGACUACCAAGGAAGAGAUUACCGAGCUAGAGCGUGACAUCUGUGGGCUGGAAGAAGAUCUUCGGGCGAAAGACGCUCCUCUAAAGUUGGUCCAUACUCGCUUGGAGAACAGAACCAUGAGGCCAGGGGCUGACCUCUGCCAGGACCAGGUGCAGUACGGGCUGCUGGAUGAGGCUAAACAACUCGAUGGCUCUGCCACAUCCCUGAAGCAAAAACUUUCCGAAGCCCAGCACUCCCUGCAGAUUCUGAAGCAGCAUGAAGCCUGCAUGGAGGAGGACCUUUCUUGUAAGUUGGACGCCCUCUCACUGGAGCAGCAGAGCUUGGAAACUAGAAAACACCUGGCAAACGUGAGCAGAGACCAGCUGGACCCUGGCACCGUCACCUCGCUCACCAAAUCCACCAGGGAUGGAAAGCUACAGCCCUGAGCCUCCCUCAUUAAUUCUAUUCACUUGAAGCCCUUCUUAUUCUAGGAUUUGAAGUCAAAUUGUAAGAGUGAAUAUGUACUGUCGAUCUACUAGAUUUCUAAAUAAAGUGGCAAGAUGAGUUUAAAUUUUGUUCAGGAUGAAGAAAUCAAACCUUUUCUGAAAACAUAUAAUUGUUAAAUGUGUGGGAGUGUAGUAAACGAUUGAGGUACUUUGGGAGAAUGUAGGUAUUAUGGGAGAAGUACAGAACGGGAUUACUCUGAUGAAUCUUUGAGGUUAUUUUACUGUUUGCGGUACAACUUUUAAAACCACCUGUUAUUAAAGGGUUAACAGAGGGAAAAAUUUUGAUUGCGGAAUGGAAAUGUUUAUUAGGAUGUAGAAAGAGAGAACCUGCAAUAAGCACUUAUCUGGAUGGGAUUUUAUUGGUAAUAA